AUGAAGGUCCUCAUCAGCGGCGCCGGCAUCUCAGGCACCGCCCUCGCCUUUUGGCUCUCCAAGCUUCGCUUUGACGUCACCGUCGUCGAGCGCUUCCCGUCGCUGCGCACCAACGGCCUGCAGCUCGACCUGCGCGGCCACGGCAUCGAGGUGCUCCGCCUCAUGGGCCUCGACGCCGCCUUCAAGGCCAAAGCCGCCCCUGAGCAGGGGCUGCAGUUCGUCGACAGCAGCGGCAGGCGUCUUGCGUACCUCGCGGCGAAUACCUCGGGUGAGGGCAAGCAAAACUUUACCAGCGAGUACGAGAUUAUGCGCGGCGAGCUGUGCCGCCUGUUUCACGAUGCGUCGCUCGCGGGCGGCGGCAAGGUCAAGUACUUGUUCGGUACAUCCAUCAAAGACUUGCGAGACUGCAACAGCAACAACGGCGACGAGGGCAUCACUGUGACAUUUUCUGAUGACCAUGUGGAAACGUUUGAUCUUGUGGUGGGCGCAGAUGGUCAAUGGUCGCGCACGCGCCGCAUGAUGCUCAACAGCACCGCGUCGCCCGACCCGCCGCUGCAUUUGCUGCCGGGCAUGUACGCCGGGUACUUUACCACGCCGAUACCGAAGCAGCCCGACGAGGGCUUCGACUCGACCGUCUACCUGGCCUCGCGUCGGCGCAGCGUCAUGACGCGCCGCAGCGACCCGGAUUUCCUGCAGGUGUACAUGGCGUGCUCAGCAGGCGCUGCCGCCACCAUGACUGCACGCCGCGGGGACACAAAGGCGGAAAAGGCAGCUUUUACGGCGAGUUACCGAGGCGCCGGGUGGCGCGUGCCGGAGCUCGUCGACGGUAUGAAUGCGUCAGACGACUUUUACUGCGAGCGCAUUGGGCUCGUGAAGCUGGACGCGUGGAGUCGUGGAAGGGUGGUGCUUGUAGGUGAUGCGGCGUACUGUCCGUCGGUGCUAACGGGCAUGGGGACAACGUGCGGCGUUGUCGGCGCAUAUGUGCUCGCAGGGGAAUUGAGUAGGCUGGACAGCAGCGACGAUGGUUUCGCGCACCCUUCCCUGCAUGAUGCGUUGGAGGCAUAUGAGAACAAUUUUCGGCCGUUUAUGGACCAGGUGCAGAAAGGUGUGGGCGAGGAGACCAUUAUAUCUAGGAUGAUGAUGCCUUCGUCCGAGUUCGGGAUUUCCGUGCUGCAGUUGUGUCUGCGGGUGGUGACGUUUUUGGGUAUUCGCCUGUCGUCGAGUUCUUUUAUGAAGGAAGGCGUCACUUGGGACAUGCCGCAGUACAAAGCGUUAGCCAGUAAAGACUGA